UGUGUGUGCCCUGUGAGAUUAACCUGACACACUGGUGAUGAGGAGAGCACAUACAGAAUGAGCUUACUCGUAGAGAUGCUACACUGAAGCUGAGCGCUUUCUCACUCACAGUGCACAAAUGCUACUGGCCAGAUGAGGAGCCAUGCUAUGGACCAGCAUAUUCAUUUAAACAGCACACAGGGAGAGGGCUAGAAUGGUGUCUCUUCUCUGGAUCUCUGCCCAGAUGCCCUGUCCAGUCUGGCUGCUCAUUUUCUCCUAUUCUAUCAGGAUUAUAGCUUCUCAAUCUGAGCUAGUGUUCUCAACCCUACCCAAGGAUGGUGUUGGUAUUCUGAACAGUCCGCUGAUGUUGCACUGUGCAGUCUAUGACUCCCGUCUCCAGAGGGUGAUACCAGUGAAGUGGGAGAAAGACGGCGGCAGUCUGGGUGUUGGAGUUUAUCAGAUGGCCAAUGGCUCACUGUUCUUUAGCCAGCUGCAAGAGGAAGACCAAGGGGGAUACAUCUGCAGCGCUAAGAAAGGAAGCAAGCAGAUCAGAACCAUCGUCAGAGUCAGCAAAGCAUAUUUGGAGAACAUCUUCUUCAGUCCUCAGUCUCAGAGCGCUGAAGAGGGUCAGGACAUCUUUUUCCAGUGUGUGUCUGGGGACAGCUCUCCACCUGCAUACAUCUCAUGGCUGAAGAACGGUAGAGCUGUCAGCAAAGGAACUCAGAUUCAGGGUCAGUAUGGAGGGGGCAGCCAGAAAAAGACCUCAGGCACUUUGCACCUGGUCAAUACAACCAAAGCAGACCAAGGCAUUUAUGUCUGUAUUACACAUAAUCCUUUACUGAACAUAAGCAAAGAGAGCACUCCGGCCACACUAACUGUUUGUGGAGUCAGCGCAGGUCUUGAGUUGGCUCAGAGCCCUGAGAAUCUCACAGUUCCUGCAGAAACAGAGGCCGUUCUUUACUGUGUGGUUCAAGGUUUUCCUACUCCAGUAGUGCAUUGGUUCAAAGAUGACCAAAUGUUAGCCAAUACCUCUCGAUGGGAUCUGCAAGAUGAUGGACAACUGCUUGUGUUUGAGAGAGUUUUGCCCGAAGAUGAGGGAUUCUAUCACUGUGAGGCCAACAACGAGAAGGAAAGACUGAGAUCACAGCCUGCAUACCUCCUUCCUGCAGUGAUGGACUGGACAUUUGUUCUCCAGCCUGUCAAUAAAACUGUAAGGAAGGGGGACUCGGUGACCCUGUCCUGCAGACCUCCACAUAGCAGACCCCCUGCACAGGUGGCCUGGUUUAAAAACAAUCGGCUCCUCCGGCCCAGGCCUCAUUUCAGCGUGGAGCCCACUGGAGACCUGCUCUUUCACAGAGUGCUAGAGACAGAUCAGGGGUAUUAUUUUUGUCGGGCAUCUAAUCCUUACCUUCAAAGGGCUGUGACCUCUAGAAGAAUCUUCCUGGAAGUUCUGGCUCCUCCAUCUGUGACUAUCUGGCCCCUGGUAGUGACUUCCACGGUGGGAGCAGAGGUGCUCAUCCAGUGCCAAGUGUCAGGGCACCCCGUUCCCUCCAUAGAAUGGACCAAGCAGGGUCGCUCUCUCAGAACAGGAGGCAAAGCUACCAUAGGGGUGAGAAAUGCAACUCUUUACAUUUCCUCGGUUAGAAUCUAUGACGAAGGUUUUUACACAUGCACAGCCUCCAAUUCUGUGGGACAGGAUAAGAAAACCACUACCCUGCGUAUAGCUGCAAAGCCUGUCAUUGUAUCGUUUUUGGAGUCAGUGAAUGUGUCAGAAGGAGCCACCAUUGUUCUCCCAUGUCGAGCUGUGGGAAACUCACCAAUGAAGUACACUUGGAGUAGAACUAUGCUUCACACUCCUCUCUCACUUUCAUCACGGAUUUACACUGAUGAUAAUGGAACACUGCACAUCUCCACUGCCCACCGGUCAGAUGCAGGAGAGUAUUACUGCACUGCUGAAAAUAACAUGGGUCAGGAUAGUAGAAAGGUCUACAUAAUAGUUUUGUCUGCUGAUCCUGAAGAGGACAUGUUAUCUGCAGCACCAGGAAUCAAGUCAGAAGAACCUACAGAUUCUACCAUUUACAACACUUUAAAGUUUUCUAAAGAUACAGAGAAUCCAAUUCACCAGUUGGCUAACACCACAACCGUAGAUGUUAAUUUGAAGGAUUCCCCAACACGUUCCGUCAAUGCUCCCACCCAUACUCCAUAUAUCGCCUAUAUAGCCAUCACUGCUCACGAUGACACGACCAUGAGAGAAACACAGCAAUACAGACCUACAGGCUCUUACUCCAAACUCUUACUAGAAACAAAUAGACAAAAUAAACAGCCACAUAAUAUUCCUACUAAUCUAAUCACACAGCUUCCAGAUCAGCCAACCCUGGAUCCAAGCCUAAAAGCCCAGCCGCAAUCUGCAUACACCCAGUCCUCUGAGGAAAUUAGUCAACUUCCAGAAAAGCACCCAAACUCACAUCAAGGCCAUUCAUCUCCCAGCUCACUGGCUCAGGUCUUUCAUAGUCUUAACCAGACCACUAGAUUCACAAAUUAUAAUUUAAAGAGUACCACAGUAGCCCCUGUGGAGGUAUUCCAGAACUGGAGUCAACCCAUUGAACAAUUUAGUGCUACCAAAGCAUCACAGACAAAUAAUACAGAACUGGUCGAAACACUGAAGAAAAACACCUCUAAGGCUCCCAUGAGGACCACUGACAAUAAUGCCAGGGAAAAGAAGAAGUCUCAGAGUUGGUUGCCUGUGAUUGAAAAACAUGACAUCCCCAUUGUAGUGGGAGUCGGAGUUUCCUUAGCAUUUAUUUUCAUCACGAUGGCUUUCUAUUCUUUGUUUCGGAAAAAUGACCCUGAAGCAAAACCUACAGGACGAGCAGCUCUACGAGGCCUAGGUGGUCCAUGUAGGCACGGAGAACGUCUUGCAAUUGAAAGGACAUAUGAUAAUAAGGCUUUUGAGGAUGACAAUAUGGUUGCAGUAAUUGAGCAAAGUCCAAACACUUCUGAGACAAGAGCCCAUCCCCCAGGGUCCAGUCCAUCCACCUUGUUGAUGGAACCCUCUUAUGAUGAUGUCCAUGAGGAAGUACAGCCCACCCAGGAUCUACCAGUGAUAGUGGAGACACACCCUGAGCCCUCUGAGGAAGAGCAGUUGGAGACAUCCUUUGAAGAAAGCAAGGUCACCCCCUCCCCCCAAUCUGAUAUCCAGCUCCAGUGCAUGGAGGAUUGGAGAAGCCGAGAUUUCAGACAAUGCCAGGAUGCCCCUUCCCCGCCUCCGCCCAACCCGCCAGCUUCUCAGGAGGAAGGUCUCCGGUCCUCACUGACCCUGCAGACCAGCGAGCCCUGUGCCACUCCAGUCCACCACAGCAUCAACAUAUCGCAUGGCUCUUCCCCUCUCCUCUUGUCCCACUGCGUGUCCCUGGGCACAACCUCCGUGGCUGUGGACGUUCACUUCUACCCCUCAGCCUCUGGAGGUCCCAUUGGCAGCUCUGCCUUUGGGCCUCUGGGGCCUCAGGGCAGCUCCAGGCUUGAGCAUGAUCAAAUGGCACCUUCUGCUCACCAUGGGAAAUGAAAGCACUCUCAACAUCGACAUCGGCUUGUGAUGACUCACUAACUCACUAGAGCACUCUUUUAUGAGGACCUAGUCUUUGUCUUUUUAACUUUUUAUAUACGUAUAUUUAACUUGUGUAUCUUUAACUUUUUACAGACGGUUAAGAAGACUUGUUUUAACUUAAAUAAGUAAGUAACCAGACUUUUUUUAUUGAACAUCUAAAUCUCUUAACCUAUUUGAAAUUUAAAGAAACUCAAAAUUUGAAGGCAGCCUGGUUACCUUUCUACGUUAAAACACCACGUUUUAAACAGUACGUUCAAUGAACAUCCCACAACAAAAGCAUCAAUAGAGAUGAAUAGAGAAGAAUUUCAAUUAGAGUACAAUCUUAUUACAUUAAUGUGUAUUAAAGUAACAAAUGUUUUGUCUUUCUUUCUAUAAUGUUAUCAUUUUAGAGGUUUUGUUACAAGGACUACAUGUAGAACAUUUGGUUUCUUUUUUUUUCUCCUAAAAAAGGUGCUGUUGCUUUUUUCUGUCUCUUUCUGUUGUUUUUAUGCUUCUCAUGUUUCCUAUGACACUGAUUAUAGAACGAACUCACGAGAGAUUCCUUCUGAGGAGCAAAACUGAAAUAUAGCCUAUGGGAAUUCUCUAAUCAGGUGUGAUGGCAACAGUUGUUGUGGAUUCUCUGCUAAUUCCAAGAAUAUAUGAUCACUUUUAAAACAUUUUUAAAGUUGUUGUUUUGUUUUUACAUGUACUUCAGAAAUGACAAAGAACUGUUUUAUUUAAGUUUAAAUGUAGCACUUUCAAUUGAAUGCAGUAGUGAUAGAGCAUGGAUGGAACUUCUGCUUUUAGAGGACAAUCAUAACUCCUAAGUAGUAAGCAUAAUCGUAAGUAGUAGUAUUCUCAUUAAUGGUGGUUGAAUGAGAAAGGAUGUCUUGAAUCUUGCAGUUAGGAGAAUUUUUCUUGUGCACACCAACGUUGACUGUUAUAUUUGCAUUUACCAAAGGCUGUACUGUCACUGCUCAUUGUUUCUGUGAUGUUUAUUUAUCAAUAUUACACAUCAGUCUUAACCUAAUUGUAAUUCAUGUCAGUGCCAGCCAACACUUCUGUCCAUCUGUAUUACAUAGAAACGAUGAAUAAAACUAAUAACACAUACAUUUUCAGGGUCCAUAAUCUAUGAGUUUUAUUGGCAAGUCUUUUUUUCAUUUCAAGCUUAUUACAAUUGCUAAGAAGCAUUAUUCAGU